UCAUCAGUAUUAUCGUUCUAACAGUCGAUAAAAUACAUGUACCUAUAGUUAAACUAAAAUAUAAUAUUAUAACUAUAGUUUUAUUUAGUUUAAUAAUUAUUAAUUAAUAAUGUCCGGUGUUAUGGUGGUUGAUGGUGACGAUAAUCGGGUGCAGGUCGUUGACGGAGAUAAUGGGGUGCAAGUAGUUGACGGCGACUACGGCGGCGGUGUGAGUGUAGUCGACGGCGACUACGGCGGCGGUGUGAGUGUAGUCGAUGGCGACUACGGCGGCGGUGUGAGUGUAGUCGACGGCGACUACGGCGGCGGUGUUAGUGUAGUCGACGGCGACUACGGCGGCGGUGUGCAUGUAGUCGACGGCGACUACGGUGGCGGUGUGAGUGUAGUCGAUGGCGAUGCCAAUAACGGCUGCAUUGUAGUCGACGGCGACUACGGUGGUGGCGUUAGUGUAGUCGAUGGUGACGGCGGGGGUGUUAGUGUAGUUGAUGGCAAUGGCGGCGCACGCGUCGCGGAAUGAAUAAGGAGUCUUAAAAAAGUAUUUUUAAGUGUUUUUAUUUUUUACGUAAAUAAAUAAAAAAAAUAUUUUUUUAAA